GAAUGCAACCAAUCUUCGCCGAGCAAUUUGUUGCGGCGUGGCCAUGUCUCCCGCCUAGCAGGGCAAAGCAGUGCAGCGCAGGUAAGGAAAGGAGAGCAGAGCAGAGGCGAGCAGAGCCCAGCAGCAGCCCAACUGACCGACCCAGAUCAGAAGCGUCGAACGCCUCUCUCCUCACCCAGCCGCCAGUGUAGCCUGUUUGCGACCUCCGCAGUAGCCAUCGCGUAAAUAGCCUGCUGAUUUAGCUGCCACGUCGCCCGCUUUCCUCUCCUUCGUGAGGGCCCUUCCGCGCCGCGGACGGCUAGCUCCUCUCAGACGGCUAGCUCCUCACGCUGUGGCCGCUGCAGCGGCAAUCGAGAGGAGCGCCGCCUACUCCCACAGAGGAAGUGGUGCUGAGAUCGCCAGGCCGCCAUGGCGGGCCGCACGUGUGGCGAGCACGCCUUGACGCCGUGGGACCGAGAGCCCGAGAAGCGUGCUGCUUGCAAUGCAGUGGUCUCCCAGGCUCGUGCGCUGGUAGACGCGUGCACCCAAGUAGUUUAGCCAAGGUCGGGGGCGUCCCAUGCAGCAGCCAGCGGCGACAGCGGCACUCAGUGGAGUACGAGUGGGGAGUCGCAGGUUAGCGAGCAGAAGGAGUGGGGAGUCGCAGGUUAGCGAGCAGAAGGUGCGGGGAGUGAGGUGGACCAGCGCGGGGUGAGGGCGAUCAGCGGAGGGUGAGCGAUCAGCGGGGGGUGAGGGCGAUCAGCGGGGGUGCGGGGAAGCGAUCCGGCGGCGCGAUGAAUGGGACGAGCGCGAGCAUAGGCGCGGAGGGCGCGGCGCGGGUGGCUGCGCUGCUGGGCGAGGUGGCGGCGAUGGAGGCGACGGUGGCGACGCUGCAGAGCGACGUGAGCGACGGCGUGUACCUCAUCGCAAGCAUCUGGCGCAUCACCGGCACCACCUUCGUGCUCCUCAUGCAGCUGGGGUUCUCGCUACUAGAAGCGGGGCACGUGCGCUUCAAGAACACGCGCAACAUCAUGAUCAAGAACGUGCUCGACACGUGCGUCUCCGCCAUCGCCUUCUGGCUCUUCGGCUACGCCAUUGGCUUCGGCGAGGGCACGCGCGUCUUCGGCUGGGCCAACGCUGACGGGUCGGUGGCGUUCGCGGGCGGGCAGAACUACGUGCAGUUCUUCUACGCCUUCGCCUUCUGCGCCACCUCCGCCACCAUCUUCGCCGGGGCUGUGGCCGAGCGCACGCACCUCGCCGCCUAUCUUCUCUUCAAUUUCGUGCUGGCGGCGCUGAUCUACCCGGUGAUAGCGCACGUGCUGUGGAGCAGCAACGGGCUGCUGUCGCCAGCGCGGGGCGCGGUGAUUCUCAACACCAACGGCGUGCUGGACAACGCGGGCUCCAUGGUGGUGCACGUCACGGGCGGCGUCACGUCGCUGGUGGGCGCGUGGAUGGUGGGGCCCCGGAUAGGCCGCUUCGACAUCGACGGCAAAGUGGUGCCCUUCAAGGGCCACUCCAUGGUAUUCGUGGCGGCGGGCACCAUCAUCCUGUGGACGGGCUUCUACGGCUUCAAUGGCUGCAGCGUCGACUACCUGGGCGAGUCUCCCCUGGACUGGAGCGCGGAGGUGGCGCGCGUGUGCGUCAACACCACCAUCUCUGCGGCGGCCGCAGGCGUGACGGUGUGGACGCUGACGUACCGGCGGCGCGAGCCCGUGCCUGAGGACACGUUCAACGGGGUCAUCGGGGGCCUCGUCGCCGCCUGCGCCACCAGCUCGCUUGUCGAGCCCUGGGCCGCCUGCAUUGUCGGCAUGGUAGCGGGGGCGCUCUAUCUGCUGGGCACGUGGGUCAUGCUCCGAUGCCAUAUUGAUGACCCCGUGCAGGCCACCCCGGUGCACCUGGUGUGUGGGUCGUGGGGCGGCGUGGCGGUGGGCUUCUUUGCGAGCCCCACCAACAUCAGCCGCACCUACAACAUCGCGCAGCCCCUCUCCUGUGGGGUUUUCUAUGGCUGCUCCGCCUGGCAGCUGCUCGUGCAGAUCCUGGCGCUGCUGAUCGUGUACGUGUGGGUGGGCGCCAUCGCGCUCUUCCUCUUCUACGGGCUGCACUUCUUCGACGUGCUGCGCGUCAAGCGCCACCAGGAGGAGGUGGGGUUGGAUGUGGUGUUCCACGGGGGCGACGACGCCGAGGACGUGGACGGCGACCAGCACGGCGCGGGCCGCCGCUUUGCCUCGCGGCGCUGGCAGCAGCUGGGGCUCUCCACCCUCUCGGGCGUGCCGCGCGGCGUCUUCAGCCCCUCGCGCUGGCUGCGCGCCUCCGCACGCCUUUGCUCGCGCGACGGGCGCAGCUCAGCGGAUGCGGAUGGCAUGAGCGUGCGCAAGCGGCGCGACGUGUGGCACCGCGCGCUGGACAGCACGGGGUUGGGGCAGCUGUCGCUGGCCAUGUACGAGGCGAACUAUGUGAUGGAGGACGCGGUGGAGGUGGAGGCCGGGUCGGGGGGGGUGUACCUGGGCGUGCACGACGGGCACGGGGGCAGCGAGACCGCUGAGUUCCUCCGCCACACGCUCUACAACAACCUCAAGAAGGAGUUCCUGCGGGGCGCGGGCGCGGUGUCGGUGGAGGCGAUCCGGCGGGGGUUCUCAGAGACGGAGCGGCAGUUCACGGCGCGCGUGCGCGACAGCUUCCUCGACUCGCCGCACCUCGCCACCGUGGGGGCGUGCUCCGCUGUCGCCAUCAUCACUCGCAGCGCCCUCUGGGUCGCCAACGUGGGCGACUGCAGGGCCGUUCUGGGGCAGGUGCGGCACACGGGCGACGGGUUGGAGUGCCGCGCGGUGCAGAUGUCGGAGGACCACAACCUGAGCUUCCAGGCCAUCCGCGACCGCUACCGCGAGGACCACGCCGACAUGCCCGACGCCGUCACCGAGAAGCGCGGACGCUACCGCGUCAAGGGCAAGAUCACGGUCACGCGCGCCUUCGGCGACCUGUACCUCAAGUCGCACGACUUCAAUCGCGAGCCGCUCUUCUCCCGCUUCCGCGUGGCCGAGCCGUUCAACCCUCCGCUGCUGUCCGUGGAGCCGCACGUGGCGGUGCGCCUGCUGGCGCCGCAUGACGCAUUUGUGGUGGUGGCGUCGGACGGGCUGUUCGAGCUGCUGAGCAACCAGGAGGUUGUCGACAUGGUGGCCGUCAGCCCUCGCAAGGACGUGGCUCGCCAGCUGAUCCGCGCGGCGUUGCGGCGCGCUGCGGAGCGCACGGAGGUGCCGUACGGGGAGCUGCUGCGCAUGGCAUCGGGGCAGCGGCGCGCGUACCACGAUGACAUCACGGUGGUCGUCUUCUUCUUUGACCACGACGCCAUCCGGCGGGAGGCCAGCAAGAACCAGCCCCAGUGGACCAAGGACGUGUCACUCAAGGGGGGGGUGAGCACGGAUGCAGCGGGCGCGGUGGUGAGCGACUUCAACGUGGUCAGCAGCGUGCAUGGCGGCACGGCUGCACGCUCGCUGCUCGCGCGGUCCAUCGGGUCAACCAACAACCUGGCGGGCGGCAUGUCGUUCAGCGCGUCACACAUACAGGACUCCGUACUGGAGAUAGAAUAGACCGAGGUGACUUUUGAGCCGACUCAGAAGUCACUCCGUGCUGGAGAUAGAAUAGACCAUGGGUGACAUGCACACACAACAGUGUCUUGUAUUUAUUAUGCUAGUUGCUCCCCCAGUCCAAUGGGGACAGCACAGCACACAUGUAUGGAGCCUAUGCAAGCCGUUUCACACG